UCACCUCCGCCACCCUGGAUGGGGAGAAGUUCUCCGCGUACUUCGGGAACUGCCCGGUGUUCAACGUGCCCGGCCGCUGCUUCCCGGUGGACAUCAUCCACACGCGCGAGGACCACCUGGGCGACCACCUGGCGGCGGCGGUGGACACCGUCAUGCAGAUACACACCAGCCAGCCGGAGGGCGACAUCCUAGUGUUCCUGCCGGGCCAGGCGGACAUCGAGACGGCGCUGGCCCGCAUCCACUCCGCGGUGGCGGCCCUGCCCGCCGGCAGUGCGGGGCCGCUGGUGGGGCUGCCGCUGCACGCAUCGCUGCCGCCGGAGCUGCAGGUUCGUGUGUUCCGCCCCGCCCCCCCGGGGGUGCGCCGCUGCAUCGUGGCCACCAACGUGGCGGAAACAUCCAUCACGGUGGAGGGUGUUGUGUACGUGGUUGACCCGGGCCUUGUGAAGCAGAAGCGCUACCAGCCCUCCUCGGGCAUGGACAGUCUGGAGGUGGUGGCCAUCAGCAGGGUGCAGGCCACUCAGCGGGCGGGCAGGGCGGGCAGGACUCGGCCGGGGAAGUGUUUCCGGCUCUACACCCGCAGCUACUACGACACCAAGAUGCCCUCCGUCACCGCACCGGAGAUCCAGCGCACCUCGCUGGUGGGGGCGGUGCUGUACCUCAAGUCGCUGCGGCUGCCGGGCAUCGACGUGCUGG